UUUAGCUGUGGAAGGACUGAAUGUAAUUUCGCCGUCAUCUGUGGUGUCCUGUAUAACGUUGAAGAAGAAAAAACAGUUAUCAAAUUUAUCAGCUUUUCUGAGAAGUGUAAGAAUCAUUUCGUUUCCCUUUGCAACAAACAUGCUGCAAAAGAAAACUCUUUUGAGAAAACUCUUGUUUGCAAUUAUAUUGUUGUUAUUAAUUGCAACUUUAGGAUUAAUAAUUCUACUUUACAUGGAACAGAAGACUCAAAAGGAUCCUGUAUGUCGUUCAGCUGCAUGCCGCGUCAUAGGUGCCUCCAUUCGUAAAUCACUUGACUUGAGAGCGGAUCCUUGCCAUGAUUUUUAUGCUUACUGUUGUGGUGGAUGGCUAAAAACCCACGAAGUUCCGCCUGAUAUGAAAAAAUUCGGCGUUACUGAGCAAUUAGAAAACGAAGUCCUCCUGAAGAUAAAUGGUUUGUUGACUUCAAGUUACAGUUCUGGAAUCGCAUGGAAGAAUGCUGUGAAAUUUUAUAAUUCUUGCAUGAAUAUGACUGCCAUUGAAAAACGAGGUCCAGCACCAUUGUUAGCUUACUUUACUCGUUUUGGUGGAUGGCCUUUGUUGAACAAAGAAUGGCAAGAAAAAGAUUUUGAUUGGAUGACAGCUCUGGCAGUUAUUCAAUUGACCACAGGUUACGGCUAUGUAAUUCCUGUCAUUAUCGGAACAGAUCCGAAAAACACAUCUAGAAAACUUUUGCAGUUAGAUCAGCCGAAUUUAUUGUUUUCAGAAGAAAUUCUACGGCAACCAAACAGUGAAUCUUCCAAGAGCCAGUUACAGAAAUUUCAGAAAUUCUUCACUAAAAUAACUAUGUUGCUGGGAGCAGAUAUUUCCACUAUCAGCGAGUACUUUAACAGCCUACUUGAAUUUGAAAUUAAGUUAUUUGAGAUGAUGAGCCCAGAGGAGAAUAUGAAAAAUAUCAGCUACUGGUAUAACACCAUGACUGUAGGAGAUUUACAGCGUAAAAUUCCAGAAGUUAAUUGGAUGCGUUUUUUACAAGAAUUAACUAAUUCAAGUUUAUUAUUAUUGAAUGGAAAGCCAACAAUUCAGUAUGAGGAUAUCAUUAUUGUUCGAGAUCCCCUAUAUAUCGAGAAAAUCUCUAAAUAUCUGAGAGAUGCAUCUCAUAUUAGGCAUAUUGCUAACUAUUUGGGAUGCAGAGUCGCUAUGAGCCUCAUGCUACACCUUCCGAAGAAUUUUUCAGAUGCUUUAUAUGAAUAUUACGGUGACCUCGGUUAUACAUUUCGAAGUCCAGAACGUUGGAAAACAUGUACAAAGAGAGUGAGCUCAUUCUUCAAUGAAGUGACCGUAUUUGCCUAUGUUGACAAAUACUUUCCAAAACAUGUUAAAAAUGAGGUUAAUAAAUUAGUACUAGACAUAAGCUUCCAGUUUGAAAACAUUCUUUUAAGUAAUGAUUGGAUGGACAGCAUAACAAAGAACGCAGCAUUAAAAAAGUUGCGUGCGAUGAAAGCUAAUGUCGGAUAUCCUGAUUGGAUAGGCGACGAAAAUAACAUAAACGAUGUCUACCUUAAGGAAAAUAUGCCUACUAUGGACGAUAACGUGUUCGAGAAUGAUGUAAAAUUGGUAGAACACAAGGUCAUGCAGCUGAUUAAAACUCUGAGACUAAAACUAGAAGAAGAAGAGUGGCCAAUAUCUCCAAUAGAAAUUAACGCUGGAUACAACAGAAAUCUUAAUGCUGUCACUUUUCCUGCCGCAUUUCUACAACUGCCGUUAUAUGACAGUUCUUUACCUCCUUAUUUCAACUACGCUGCAAUUGGAUCAAUCAUAGGACAUGAAAUCACUCACGGAUUUGAUAACGAAGGUAAUAUUUGGAACUCCCAUAAAUAUUUAUAAAUGCUGUUCAUCAAAUAUAAUUAUGCAUAAUAUGUGAAAUAAACUUCAUCAUAAACAGGGCAAAAGUAAUGUCAGAAAUAUUUCCAACUAGCUGUUACACGGCAUGCCUUGCAAUGCUGAUACCAAGGUUGAUAAUGGUUCAGGUGGUGAAUCUAUUUCUGGCAAUUUCACAUCCGCGCAGCAGAUUCCUGGUGCUUCAUUUCUAAACUGAGGCAUGUAAUACAUGCAUAAUUUAUACAUCUUUCCAACAGCCACACUUAGAUGAAGACUGUAAUCAUAAUUAGCAUCGUAAUGGAAUGCACCACGCCUUAAAUCAGCGUGCAGUGUUCUUCUGGAUCAAGCAGUGCGUACUCGAAGGUCUUCCGCUCCCCGUUGCUCAUCUGUUUUAGACAAGCAGCCUUGAGCAAUGCGUACCCAAACGUUUCCCAGUCUUGCCUUCCGUUGCUCACCUGUAUCAGACAAACGGACUUGGACAGUGCAUACUCGAACAUU